CCUCACUUGGAGUUCCCAGAUGCAGUAUAUAGAGUCUGUUGAUUCCCCCAUCAUGAAUGUCGAUAUUCUUUCACACAACAGCUCUCUAUCCAGUGUGUUCCAGCAAUCGUUUCUCUCUUCACUUCUUUCUUUCUUCGCAGCAGGCUGCACCCCAUCUUAUCUAGUUCACUCAGUGUUUUGUUCACCAAAGUCCUUCUCUUUACGAUACUCUUUUUUUUUCGACUAUCUUUCAAGAUGCGUUUCUCUACUACCUUCCCGCUGGCGGCUUUCGUUGCUCUUGCCAAGGCACAUGGUGUGAUUUUGGCCGCUCAGGGCGAGUCUGGUUCGCCUCCAUCUGUCGGAUUCGGAGUCAACCCUGAAAUCGCCCGCAACUGCACCACCAUCAACCCCUGCCAGCUUGACUCGGUCAUCAUGCGCGAUGCCGAGAUCAAGGCCAACCUGGUCAACAACUGCGGCCGUACGCAGCUUACAGGCAACAUUGACAUUGCCGAAAACACCGAGGCCGCGCUGGCUGAGGGCGCCGUAACCAAGGUCAAGGCGGGCAGCAAGAUCACCGUGACAAUCCACCAGGUCAACGCCGACGGCGCCGGUCCCUAUGUCUGCGAUUUGGACGAGACCUCCAACUCGGGCAAGAUCAGCCAGAACCUGACUGUCACCAACAACGUGCCCGGAGCCAACGGCAUCUCGCAGAACAAGAUCCAGGAGUUCAACUUCACCGUGACGAUGCCGGAUAACUUCCACUGCACUGGCGCCUCCACCGGCAACAUCUGCACUGUCCGUUGCCGCAACAACGCCGUCGCCGGUCCCUUCGGUGGCUGCUUCGCUGUCCAACAGACCGACGUCAAGCCGACCCUCAACACACCCGACAACAUCCAGACCUUCAAGAACAUCAAGGACAUUGAGGACGAGCGCUUGAUCAGCGUGGCCACCCUGCCGAUUGCCGCCGAAGCCAACCGCAAGGCCGGCUCCAGCGAGGCGCAGCAGAACGCCGCCGCCGUCAGCGCCAUUCUUGCCGCCGGCUUUGUGAGCAAGUCUGCCCCCGUUCUGACCCCCACCGUCGUGCUGGGUGGUGGUGCUGCUGCCGCUCCUACUGCUACGGGUGCUGCUGGCAAUGGUAACGGUAACAAUGCCGGUGCCGGUAACGGUCGUAACCGUGGUGGCAAUGGUGGCAACAAGAACAACGGCGGAAACAACGCUGGCAAUGCUGCUGGUCAAAAGGGAAAGAACAGGGGCACUCAGGGCCAGAACCAGAACCAGGCCCAGAACAACCAGAAGCAGGGCCAGAACCAGAAGCAGAGGCAGGGCCAGAACUAAAAGGCUACAAGGUGGAGGACAAAAUCAUCAGAAUUGGACUCGACUAGAUUCUCACUCAAAGGGGAACUAGAAGAGGCGUGUAAGACCACCAACGCCAAGAAGGGGAACGGGAA